AAAUACAUCAAUAGACCUUGAUGCUCUCUUUACCUGUCUUGAAUUGGAUUACUUUAGCAAAAUUAUAAUUUCUGUAUCCUUGUUCCGUAACGCAAAUAGACAAAUCUACAACCAAGUCAUGUCUAUCUUUAAAACAGAUUCAACGAGAGCAAAAGAUAUGCUGACCAACACUAUCAUACCUUCAAAUCUCGCCUUAUAUUUCAUUGAUUGUUUUGCGACAGCCAUAAGUGAUAAAGUAUAUGAACCUACCAGCAAAGAUUUGGAGUGGAUCCUAAUGCUAGCUAAGCAAUACCCUUCGGAUAAUGAUACCUACAUAAACGUAUUUCAAGCAAUGCUCCUAGAAUCAAUCCAAAAAGAAGAGACAAGCUAUCUAAGAGACACCCUUAUAGCAUGUAAAAGCCAAAGUCUUUCAACAGAAGACACAAUUCGAUUUAUAGAGCACCUAGUUGAGACUUAUGUUCGAUGGCCAACCCUGACUGAGCCAAUACUGCAGACAAUAAAUGAGCAAGAGAUGCUUCCUUACAUGCUUAAUAUAUUGCCACCAAUAAUCUCUUUAGACUUGGCUUCUGCAGCAAGCCGUCAAAAUAUGAUAAACUUGGAAACGUGGCUCCCGCAAAAAAUGAAGGCUCAAAGUGAUAUAUUCAUACCAGCAUGCUUAGAUUAUCUUUCUCAAAAAAUAAUUAUCAAGGCAUACUCUAUUCAACAAGAAGUAAAUGGGAGUAAGCCUGUUUUGCCUUCUGCUAAAGAAUUGGAAAUCAUUUUGAAAACACUGGCAAAUAGUAUCACUUCUCCCUAUCAGUUUGAGCAAUAUAUGAAACUUCAGAACCAAUGUUAUAUGCUAUAUCCUGACCUAAUCAAUACAAAUAUUAACAUACAAGAUAUUGAACGAGAAGCUGAUGCUUAUUACGAACGCCUUUAUAACGAUCAGCUCUCAGUAGAUGAUAUGCUCAGUUUAAUGAAACAACUAAAGACUGUAGGCAACCGACAAGAACAACAGCUAUUUCAGUGCAUGAUUCAUGUUCUUUUUGAUGAAUAUGAAUUUUUUUCAAAGUAUCCAGAAAAAGAGCUUAUGAUGACAAGUAAACUAUUUGGACAGCUUAUCCAACAGGACAUUAUGCCAGAAGAUCAGCUAGAUUCAUGUUUUCUAUUUAUAUUAGACGCCCUACGUAAUUCGGCACAGCCAAGGAUGAUUGCUUUUGGCAUAGAUACUGUCAAGCAAUUUAUAGAUAGACUAGAUGAAUGGCCGCAGUUUUGUAAGAGUAUAGUAGAACUUCCUGGACUUGUACAAGUUCAACCAAGGUUUAUUCAUACAGUAAGACGAACCUUGAUGAGAAGCCGUCCGAUCUCUUUUACAAGCAUUCAUUUGCCUGCUAUCCCAAAUUCGGCAAUGUCUGAACUUGAUGGACUGUUUGAAGUGCCUGAAGAGAACACACAAAGAAGAUUAAUAACAGCCUUCAACUCCAUUCAACAGGAUAGCACUCAGAGUAAAAUAGAAGAAUUUACACAAGUGCUAAAACCAACAUUCUACCAAUGGUUUAGCCGUUACUUGAUUGCCGAGCACAUUAUUGCAGGAUCAGAUAAUCAAACAUUGUGUUUAUCUAUCUUGAGACACAUCAACUCGAAGCUAUUGGAUGCCUGUGUGUUGUAUGAGUCUUUUUUAAAUAUUUUACAUAUUUUACAUACAACGGAUGUUAGCACUGCUCAUUUUGAUGCACUUACAAACCUUGGCUCAUGGCUAGGGAAGAUCACAUUGGCUCAGAACAAACCAAUUUUAGAGAAGCAUAUGGCAAUGAAGGGGUUACUGCUGCAAAGCUAUGACGUCGAUCGGUUAACUUUGACUUUACCUUUAGUUUGCAGAGUACUAAAACAAGGCUCUUAUGGAAGAGUAUUUAUACCUCCUAAUCCUUGGCUGAUGGGUAUUCUAUCAUUACUAGCUGAAAUCUACGAAUAUGGCGAUAUACCAGUCGGCUUGAAACAUGAAAUAGAAGCACUGUGUAAGAGCUUGUCUAUUAAAUUAAAAGAUAUCAACAUAGCAUCAAUAUUAAGAAAUAGAAGAGUAAUAGAUUAUUAGCUUAUCCUAUUCAACUUUUAAUCAUUUAUCUGUAAUUAUUACAAAAUGACAUAAACUUUAUA